CUCCUGCUCUGCCCGCCAUGUUCUGUAGGAGGAGGAGAUACGUGUAGUCCUGGCUUUAGCUGGCUUAGCACUAGCAGCAUAUAGCUAGGCGGAGGCGCAACAAGCUCCUUGAACGCCCAAAUAAGUACUCCUGUCUCGGUUUCCCCCUUCUCUUUUUGGAAUUAGCUACGUUUGUUUAUUGGUUUGACUUCCACUCGGAGUGACACGAGUACCUAAAGUAUCCCUCUCAAAAAUUCUGGUGAUGGCAUGGUCAUGUGUUCAGCCGGCACUGUGGGUGUGGAAAUGGUUUUAACAGACGCUGUGUUGGAGGACUCGGGAACACUGCACUGGCCUGGAGGAGCCUCAUAAACAACCGCGUACAUCCACAAACCACUUUGUUAGACGAAAACAUUAACAAAACACCGUCGUGACAAAGGACACAGAAACGCGGGCAAACAACACAAGCUUCACCUGAAGGGCACGUUUGUAACUUCUGGGUGUGUGUAACCCAAAUAUUGUUGGUGUCCCAGCUGCUCUCCUUGUGUGAGAGUGUACGUUUGAUUUCUUGUCUGUCCCAUCUUAACCGCCACCAUGCCAAGCACCAUCCGCCGGCAGAUGAAGAACAUGGUUAACAACUACUCCGAAGCGGAGAAGAAAGUCAGAGAGGCCACGUCCAACGACCCCUGGGGGCCGUCGUCUUCACUCAUGUCGGACAUCGCCGACCUCACUUACAACGUGGUGGCCUUCAGCGAGAUCAUGAACAUGAUCUGGAAACGACUCAACGACCACGGCAAGAACUGGCGCCACGUCUACAAGGCGCUCACCUUGCUCGACUACCUGAUCAAGACGGGCUCAGAGAGAGUAGCGCUGCAGUGCAAAGAAAACAUCUUCGCCAUCCAGACUCUGAAGGACUUCCAGUACAUCGACAGAGAUGGCAAGGACCAGGGCAUCAACGUCAGGGAGAAGAGCAAGCAGCUAGUGGUCCUACUCAAAGACGAAGACCGCCUCAAAGGAGAGAGGUCUCAGGCUUUGAAGACCAAAGAGCGUAUGGCCCAGGUGUCCACAGGGAGCAGUCAUAUGGGAUUUGGCCGAGGCUCAUCUCAACCCAACCUCUCCACUUCCUACAGUGAAGAGUAUGGCAGAUCAGAGGGAUCACCUGCUUCCUACCAUGGUUCUACGUCUCCUAACGCCGGUUCAGAACUGGAACAGGCCAGACCUCAGACCAGCGGAGAGGAAGAACUGCAACUGCAACUUGCCUUGGCCAUGAGCAGAGAGGCUGCAGAGCAGGAGGAGCGCAUACGCCGAGGAGAUGACCUGAGACUACAAAUGGCCUUAGAGGAGAGUAAGAAAGAAGGCCCAGGCUCUGCAAAAGUUGCCAAGAAGAAAAAAGAGCCACAGUCCACUUUGAUGGAUCUAAUGGAUGUCCCCGAGCCUGGUGCCAGUGCUGACCCCUGGGGCACGGGAGCUGGGGCCGGAGCUGCUGCUGCAUCAGCUGACCCAUGGCAGCCUUAUGGAUCUGCCCCUAAGCCAGCAACCUCAGUGGACCCAUGGGGCACUUCUACUGUCCCACCCAUCAAGAGCAGCGAUCCCUGGGCGCCCAACUCCAUUCCUGCUUCUGACCCAUGGGGUUCUGCAGCAGCCCGCCCCAAACCCUCCAACACAGGUAGCUUUGACCUGUUGAGCGCAUCCAAUGGUACAUCCAAAGAAGACUUCUCAGAGUUUGAUAGCCUGCGCUCUUCCUCCUCUGUCCCCACUGGUGAUAUGGGCAUUGCAUCUUCUGUCCCCUCCCAACUCAGCCUGGCCAGCAGUAGCAGCCUGGACAUAUUUGAUCCCCUUCCCACCUCAGCAUCUACUUCCAUCAUCACAAACCCAACUAGAAAGACUCCUGAGUCCUUCCUGGGUCCCAAUGCUGCCCUGGUCAAUUUAGACUCUCUGGUGACCAAACCGGCCCAGCCUGCACCAGUUGUCAACCCAUUCUUGGCUUCAACAGGUGGCUCUGCUCCAACCCCGGCCAACCCCUUCCAAGUGAGCCAGCCAGCUCCCCCCACCCUCAACCAGAUGCGCGUCAGCCCGAUGCCCUCUGGCUUUGGCAGCAUGGCAGAGCCCAUAGGCCUUUCCUCCAUGCCUCCUCAGCCCGUCCCCAUGGUCCCUCUGACAGGUAUGGCCCCCAUGGGCCACUCGAUGCCUGGAGUGGGUGCUGUGGGAGGCAUGGGGAUGAGCGCAGGGAUUCCAUCCUCCAUGUCCAUGCCCCAGCCCCUGAUGAGCAUGCCCCCCCAGGCUGGGACUCAAAACACCGGAACAACCAACCCGUUCCUUUUGUGAGAGGAUGACAGGGAGAGGGACAUCAUGGAGUAACCCUUCCUUUUACUCUUCAACUUUAGCCCCUCAAGAAGCUUCAAAACGAACAAGGAGACGUCUUAUCUCAAUUAUCCAUUUAUAACCAACUCCAAGCCAGAGUCCCAGCAGGACCCUCUCCUACCUUACCACACUCCCUAACUCCUUUCUUCUCUCUUUCUUUCUCUCCUACAAGCUGCCUAGUCCUGUGUUCCAUGCUGAUCUAAUGAUAAUGUUGAUGACCACAAAGAGUUUGCAUCAGUCCACAGACUUUUAAGAGUAGCGUCAGUGUUUACAGUUUUUCCACUGAGGCAGGACUUGGCCAGUCUCUCCUCCUUGUCCUUUUCUCAAUCAUUUCUCCCUUACUUCUUCCCUUUAGGACCGCUCCUCUCCUCUUCUGUAGUGGAGUGACAGGAGAGUCUGACUGUUCUAAUGCCAGGAUCUUAUCUCUUCACUAGAGCUAAUCUUUUAUAAGCCCUGUCAGCUGGUGUGUGUGUGUGUGUGUGUGUGAGAGAGUGCACAUCUCAGUACUUUUACACUGUGUAUUUUCCAGCGAGUCAACUUCCACUCACUGGAGUAAAGAUGAGAGAUGGUUAGAUGUGUUUAUACUCUGUGUGAGUGUGUGUGUGUGUGUGUGUGUUACAAAGCAGGAAUUUUGCACAAUUGUUUGCUUUUUUCUUCUUCUUUUGUUUCUUUUUUUUUUUCUUUUCUGCGACUGUUGGGCUCACCGCUACACCUUAGCUUAGGGAGGACGUCCAGCCGCUUAAAACAGCCGAGUCGACACACACACAAAAACACAGUGCCUCGGCUCAUGGUCACAACUCUCAUCUGGUCACUUCCUCUAAUCUCUGAACUUUCUUCAGACCCUCCAGAUGAACUUUGACCUCAGUGGUUCACAGGAAUAACAAUGAAAGCUUCUCAGAGGAGAUGUUUUGUUUGUUUGUUUUUAAAUAUCUGUGUUUUUGCUCACAUGCAAGUGUACUGAUACUAACUACUACAUGUUGAGCCCCCCCAAAAUGUUUGUAGU